CCCUCCAUAGGUCAUAACGGGCGUACUAGAUAGGGUCUCUGCCGUUCUUUUAGAAAAUUCAUUCGGGAUUUCGACCGAUCAAAGAGGGGAAAUCGCUGCUGGCAAUGGGGCGGGUCUGUACUGUACACUUUCUUGUCAAAGCGAAACCAUCGAUUUAAGACUGGUUGAAAGCGGGACUCGGGAUAGGAGGGGAAUUACUUCUUUGGGCAUGAUGAUACCAUGCAAUGGUGUGCAGAAGCCAUCUCCUGUCCGUCUUCUGGGUGAACUAUCAAAUGGAGAAGAAAAAGCAAACACGAGUCGGAGCUCGCGGGAUUGGUGAAAUGGAAGCUGCUUGGCCAUGGAGUGGAUUCGGAUCUCCCCUCAGCAGUAGUCAGUCUUGUCUUGUCAGUCUGUCAGUCUGUCAGUCACUGGCCCGUUCAUUCGUCUUCUUUCGCCUUGCACUUUCGCUGUUGCUGGUCUUUCUCCUGCACCUUCUUUUCUUACCAUUCCUUUUCUCUCUGCAGGUUCGUCUCGUUUCUAUUUUUCUUCUUUUAGCUCACGGCGAGGAAAACAAAUCCCCCCUCUCUUCUUUCUCCCUCUCUCCUCACCCGAAUGUUUCCUUAGUAUACCUCACCUUCCAAUCCGCGUACCGGCACUCCUUUCUCCUGCAAACCGCUAAAUUUACUGUCAACCGGCCCAGUAUUCCGAUUGAUUGUCUACCCACAUCUACUACUAUACUACUCUCACUAUCCUCCUCACUACUUCUUACUUGCCUACCUGCCUACUACUACGACUCUCCUGACAGGCCUCAUUCCGAUCCGUCACUUAGUCGACUUCCAAGCAACGGGACUGCUACUUCGUGUCUACCUGUUAGAAAAACCUCAGAGUUUUCGAAUCAUGAACUUCGACCAGUAAGCCUUUCUUUGCACUCUGUGUUGGUCUCCAUCUCCACUUGUCCUGACCAGAAUGUCUUAUCAUCGCAACUCCAGUAUUCCUCCGUACUAUUUCCAGCCUAUGUAUCCUAAGAUGCUCGAGAGGUCUACUUGUGAUUGUGCCUAAACCUGUUUAUAUUUGUUUUCUUUUUGCCCUUUACUUGCCCGGUCUCCCCUCUUUCCCUCCCUCUAGCUUUCACCUCCCCUUUCUUUCUUUUCUUCUCUUCUCGUGUUGCUCUCCUUCUUACUCAGAUUCGUGCGCCAUCUCCAGGUCCCUCGCUGCCGACCACUUCCACACAUGCAUGUAACAUUUUUGUCGACA